AUGGAAGACGAGAGUAGCACAAGGAGGGGCCUGGUGAGCGUGGCGGUGGGCAACACGACCACGCGCAUGGUGCUGUGGCGGUCACAGGCGGAGGAGGGCAUAGUGGUGUGCACGGGCGAGACCGCCUCGCUCAAGUCGGACUUGAGCGAGGGCGAGGCCCUACGCCAACACCCCUCAUUUCCACCCUCUACCAACACCUCAAGAACAGGAGGACACGCGGUGGACGUGGUGAUCGGCGGCGGCUCGGUGCCUGCGGUGGAGGUGCUGCUACACGACGCGCUGAGCCGGGAGGGACCACCGUUCGCCCAGGUGCGGCUGCUCCACCGCUCGGCGGACCAGCAGCACGACGCCGCCGAGAUCGACGAGCGCUCUCGGGCGAGACUGGUCGAGGAGCUGGGGCUGCGGGUGAAGCCCUCCCCAUCGUGGCGGGUGGGCAAGGACCGGCUGUGCGCGGCCCUCGGCGCGCUGGCCCUGGACCCGCACCAGUCGCCCGCCGAGGACACCGCGUGGGUCGUGGUCGACUCCGGCACGGCGCUCACCGUCAACGUGGUACUGCCCUCGCCCAAGGCCGCAUGGCCGGAGGUGGGCGUGUUCGAGGGCGGGCUGAUCAUGCCGGGCGAGGGCCUCAUGCUGCGCAGCCUGUCAUCGGGCACCGCACAACUGCCCAGCCUCACCUACUGGCCGGCCUCCAUUCCACCGCCGCUGGUGGGCCUGAGCACCGAGGAGGCCAUCCGCGCGGGCGUGCGACAUCUGCACGUGAAAGGCGCGGUUGCGGUCGUCAAGGCGGUGGCCGCGGAUCUGGAGCGACGUCGACCCCCCGAUGGCAGCGAACGACCCUUGCAGGUCCGGGUGGCGGUCACGGGUGGAGGCGGCGCGGAGCUGGUGGAGGCCCUGGAGGCCGACGCCCGGGAGUACCGACCGCUUUACGACCCGCUCCUCGUGCACCGGGGUCUCCGCGCGGCGUGGCGGCUGCACGCGGACGGCAGUGCUCGUCGACCCCGAUACGACGGCGGCAGCGGCGACAACGCCUUGUGA